UCUCACUCCUCUCCUUCACUCAAAUCAUGCAUCACUUUUACUUCCUCCCCUUCUCCGCUUCUUUUUAUCCUAACAUCUUGCAUUGCACAGCGCAUUAGCUGGUAUCAAUACAUCCAGUUAAAAGUCCUAGAGGGAAACGGGACUUGCAUAUCUGCACAACAUACUCCCCUCCCAUGUUGUUUAUUCUUUUCCUGAAACAAUUGGAACCUAGGAAAAAUACCAAAAUCCAUUCAGAAAUGAAGGAGAAGAAAGGCACAGAAAAGAGGGUGAAAACUUAUUCUCACGUCGUCUCUUGUUUACCCAUCUCUCCCACCUGUCUGGUCUGGACUCACUCCUUCCUCUAUAUACUCUCUGCUCUCUACUCUGUGCUCUGUACUCUGUACUCUCGUCUACAUUCAUCAUCCAUUGUACAUCUACUUGGAAUGCUCCAGAUGAAAUCAAAAUUUAAUCCAUCUUUUUACGGCUGACAGCCGCUCGUACACUAUCGACCAAGGUACAUACAUACAUACACACAUACAUACAUACACACACACACAUAUACAGACAGAUACAGAUAAACCUCGUGGUGUGAAUAGUGGCGGUCUCGUUGAUGGUUGUUGUUCAUUGUUGCAAACCCAAAACAACCCCCAAAACUCCAAACAAUUUAUCCUUUCUUGCCUUUCCUUUUUCUGCACGCGCUUCCUUCAACGACCUGCUCCUCCUCUUCAAGGUUCCUUCCAAAAUACGCGGGUCGCGGGCCUCUUAUCGCUCUCGUCGCUUUUCUACCUUUCAUUUUUCAAUUGUACAUUGAUUUUGCUACACAAUCUAUACCUAACCCUUGGAACGCUUCGAUUCCUCUCAAUUGCUCACCCGCAUUCACUCUUUUCAGACAGGUGAAUAAGGAGGAUUCCUUCCUACCGCAAUAGUACUCAAUGUCCAAUACUUAAUUAUUAAUAAAUGACUUCUUGAUCUAUUUUAUUUGUCAAUUUUUCUUUUGCACGUUCACUCGCUCAACACACCAUCUUUUGGGAAUUCUUCUCGAGGCAUUAACUGAACAUAAUACUACACGUCGAUCAUAAGCAUCUAGCUUUUCAACCAUUGUCCAUACCUCACUUCUAUCCUUCGCAACAAUCAUGGAGUUGCCAUUUACAGAACAAGAACAGCGGUUCCUUCUUGCAGAGGUGAUUAAGACAAGUUCCAUUCCGCCAGAAAAGUUGUUGGCAAUCCUGAAUGAAAGCAACGUCAACCCAAAUUGGAUGCUAAUGCAGGUUCCCCAAGGACGAAACUUGGCAUCUUGUAUACAUACUUUUGAUAGUAUCGCUGGUCGAACUUACAAUAGUUUGACACCGCAACUACCCUCCGCUUCAUUAUUUUCCAGCGACUCUCCUGGCUUCCAGAACAAACGCAAGUCUGUUUCCGAUCUUGAAUUGACGGCUCCCGACUCUUCUCGAAAGCGACGGACUCCAGGUUUAGAUGUUACUUCUAUUCAGCGCAGCAUUCAGCCCAAGCCGGCUCCAAAUGGCUCGUCAAACUCGUUCUCCCCGCAAUUUGCAGGCCAAAUACCGAAAAAGCGUGGUCGCCCUUCUAAGACCGAUCUCAAGAUUCGACAGGCUGAAGAAAUCGCGCGUGGAGAGCGAAUAGAUUCACUCGCAACUUCCAAGGGGCCCAUCGAGUCUCCCAUGGCUAGUGGUGGAGAUAUCACCUUAGAAAGCAUUUUGUCUUCUGCACCCAUUGCUACCCUAGCUCAAAAGUCGGAGCCAAGUGCAGUCAAUUCUACUGGUGAUAAAAUGGAAUCCAGUAGGAAGAGGCGUGGUCGACCAACCUCAAGGUCUUCAAACGUCCCUAGGACAGGCGAAGGCAGCUUCCCCAUUCUCCCAGCCCAAUUUCCGCAACAAAUUCAAACACCUCCAGGAUUUGGUACUCACCAGACAUUUGAUAGAUCUAUGAGAGCCCAGUUCCAAGCAGAGCCUCGUGAAGCUCAAAUUACUCGAGAUAACCAAGGCCAAGGGACGCAAUUUAACGCGCAGAGCAAUGUUGAAGGACGCCAAAUGCAUGCUAGUGGCCAAGCAAACCAUAAAGAACAGCAGGAAAUGCAAUACAAAGGCACAGAUAUGGUGGGAAACCCCAAGGACAAUUAAAGAUCUGACAUUUAAGUUCGUCUCUGUCACACCUCUUGGCCAAUUAUGAGUAAUCUUUAAGCGUCCAUCCUACAUAUGUCAACACAUACCAAACUUCUUUCACAAGAAACAUCAAUUUAUAAUCCACCUCUUUCGAUACUUUCACCCGACAAAAUACAACAUAUUUCUCGGUUCAUGCCCUUAACGAAGUCAUACCUUUUUUCUACAACAUCUGUCGAUGCCUCACAAUCAAAUGUAAUGCCACUUAUCCCAACGAUUUUCUUUUCUUUCUUUACUUUUUAUUUCAUUUCUUUAUGCUACGACACCAUGUUUGUAAUGAAACUUGGAGUGGCAGCACUAAAAUUGUUCUCCUCUUCGUUUUUCUGUUAUUUGACAAUAAAUGCUACCGCGCGGUGAUAUACCAAGCCUAUUCUUUAUUUCUUUGCAUCACAAGUGGGCAUUGAAUUGUAUGAUGUGCAUUGGACAUACACAUUGGAGGGAAAUGAGAAGAUAAGCUCUAAGAAUCUCUAAAAUCUGAAGAAUAGUGGAAAGGGUUGGCUAGGAGCGAAUAAAUAUGCCACGUGGCGGAGGGAUCACCAAACUACAAUGCGAAUAAUGAAGAACGAACGGCCGUUAUGUGUAAGAUACCUAGUUAACGAAUGAUUGUACUAUAUUUCGAAUGUUUCGAUGCUAUUU